CCGCGCCGACACCGGCCGGGCGCGGACUGCGCUGCGCUCCGCGCUCCGUGCGGGGAACAGCCCGGCCCGGCCUCCUCCUCCUCCUGCUCGCCCUCCUCCUCAUCCUCCUCCUCAUCCCUCUCCUCCCCUGGUUGUUAUUUUUCCCCGCUCCGCGCAUCCCGCGCCCCCCCUUCCCCCGCGCCCGCGGAGCGCUCGCCCCUCCGCGCCACCCGCAUGACUGUCACCAAGGCUCCAGGAGUGCCCACGAUUCCCUGAGCUCCACGUCCAUCCCGGGGUGUCCGGAGCACCCGCCCAGCCCGCGGAGCAGAGCAGGGCAGAGCUCUUGUCGAGUCAAAUGAGGGACCUGCACAAGUCAAACGUGCUGGGGAGCAAACACGGCAGCCUGAUGUCAUGGCGCCCGCAGUACCGCAGCUCCAAGUUCCGGAACGUGUACGGGAAGGUGGCGAGCCGGGAGCACUGCUUCGACGGCGUGCCCAUCACCAAGAACGUGCACGACAACCACUUCUGCGCCGUCAACGCCCGAUUCCUCGCCAUCGUCACCGAGAGCGCCGGCGGCGGCUCCUUCCUCGUCAUCCCCCUCGAGCAGACAGGGCGGAUCGAACCCAACUACCCCAAGGUCUGUGGGCACCAGGGCAACGUGCUGGACAUCAAAUGGAACCCCUUCAUUGAGAACAUCAUCGCCUCCUGCUCCGAGGACACCACGGUGCGGAUCUGGGAGAUUCCCGAGGGGGGGCUGAAGAGGAACAUGACGGAGGCCGUGCUGGAGCUGUACGGGCACAGCCGGCGCGUGGGGCUGGUCGAGUGGCACCCGACCACCAACAACAUCCUCUUCAGCGCCGGCUACGACUACAAGGUCCUGAUCUGGAACCUGGACAUCGGGGAGCCGGUGAAGAUGAUCGACUGCCACACGGACGUGAUCCUGUGCAUGUCCUUCAACACGGACGGCAGCCUCCUGGCCACCACCUGCAAGGACAAGAAGCUGCGCGUGGUGGAGCCGCGCUCCGGGCGGGUCCUGCAGGAGGCCAGCUGCAAGAACCACCGUGUCAACAGGGUGGUGUUCCUGGGCAGCACCAAGAGGCUGCUCACCACGGGCGUGUCCCGCUGGAACACGCGGCAGAUCGCCCUGUGGGACCAGGAAGACCUGUCCAUGCCCCUGAUCGAGGAGGAGAUCGAUGGGCUCUCGGGGCUCCUCUUCCCGUUCUACGACGCCGACACCCACAUGCUGUACCUGGCUGGGAAGGGCGACGGCAACAUCCGCUACUAUGAGAUCGGCUCCGAGAAGCCCUACCUGAGUUACCUCAUGGAAUUCCGCUCCCCCGCCCCGCAGAAAGGACUGGGGGUGAUGCCGAAGCACGGCCUGGACGUGUCGGCCUGUGAGGUCUUUCGGUUCUACAAACUCAUCACCCUCAAGGGGCUCAUCGAGCCCAUCUCCAUGAUCGUGCCCAGGAGGUCUGAGACGUACCAGGAGGACAUUUACCCCAUGACACCGGGCACGGAGCCCGCCCUGACCCCGGAUGAGUGGCUGAGUGGGAUGAACAGAGAUCCCAUCCUGAUGUCGCUGAAGGAGGGCUACAAGAGGACAUCCAAAAUUGUGUUCAAGGCCCCGGCGAGGGAGAAGAAGAGCGUGGUGGUCAAUGGCAUCGACCUGCUGGAGAACGUCCCGCCCCGCACCGAGAACGAGCUCCUCCGGGUGUUUUUCCGGCAGCAGGACGAGAUCCGGCGGCUGAAGGACGAGCUGUCUCAGAAGGACAUUCGGAUCCGGCAGCUCCAGCUGGAACUAAAGAACUUACGGAACAGCCCGAAGAACAAUUAACUCCCAGGGACGUUUUCUAAAUAAACUCUCGUUGUUUCUACUCGCUCUUUAAUUUUAUUGUCCCCACUGACCCAGCCGGGAGCCAGGACCCCGCCGAGAUCCCGCGCCGAUGGAUCCGCGUGUGCCGGCCCUGAUCCCGCUCUAACCGCUGCCUCCGAGGGGCCGGGGGCUCCCCGUGAGUAGGAGCCCUGUGCCCCCCCUCGGGACGAUCCGGAUUCCCGGGAAAGCUGACGCUUCCUUGCUAUUAAUUUCUUUUUCCUAUGCAAAAAAAUGUGACGGCGGGGGCAGAACUGGAAGGGGUGGGAAGGGCUGGAUCACCAAAGCUGGGGGUGUGGGGGGAGACUGGGAGCAUUCCCAUGGUGGGAAACUGGGAGCCUUUCCAUGGUGGGAGCCCAGGAUCCAUCCCACGGUGGGAGUCUGUGAUUCUUCCCAUGGCAGAAGCCCGAGAUCCAUCUGAUGGUGGAAGCCCGGGAUCCAUCCCACAUCCCACAGCAGGAGCCCAGGGCCCUUUCCCAUGGUGGGAGCUCAGGACUCUUCCCAUGGCGAGAGCCUGUGAUCCUUCCAUGGUGGGAAUCCAGGAUCCAUCCCACAGUGGGAGCCAGGGACUCUUUCCCAUGGUGGGAGCACAGGGUCCUUCCAACUGUGGGAUCCCGGGACUCUUCCCACAGUGGGAUCCCGGGACUCUUCCCACUGUAGGAUCCCGGGAUCCCUCCCGUGGUGCCAGUGGCCAUGGCAUGGCUGGGCAGGCUCUGGCACAGCCAGGAUUUGGCAGGAGCAGCCUGUGAGUGUCCCAGGGCUGCAGCCCAGGAAGGGAGCAGCUCCACAUGCCCCAAUAUCCUUCAAAAUAACAAAAAGCCAGGCUGGGGUUCCUACCUGGGGAGGGACUUUUGCUCCUUCCACCUCUGCCAAGAGGGAUUUCCCCUCCUCCUGUCUGCUGGGACACUGCCAGGGCCACGGGGAGGGGGAAGGAUGUCCCUGGGAUGAUCCUGGGAAGGAUGUCAUGGUGCUGCCCCAGGGAUGGACCCAAGGGAUGGAUCCCAAGGAUGGACCCAAGGGAUGGACCCUGUGGGAUGGAUCCCAAGGAUGGACCCAAGGGAUGGAUUCUGUGGGAUGGACCCCAGGCAUGGAUUCUGUGGGAUGGAUCCCAAGGAUGGACCCAAGGGAUGGAUUCUGUGGGAUGGACCCAAGGGAUGGAUUCUGUGGGAUGGACCCCAGGGAUGGAUUCUGUGGGAUGGAUCCCAAGGGGUGGAUUCUGUGGGAUGGACCCCAGGAAUGGAUUCUGUGGGAUGGACCCCAGGGAUGGAUUCUGUGGGAUGGAUCCCAAGGGGUGGUCCCUGUGGGAUGGACCCCGUGGGUGUCAGUGGGUUCAGCACGCUGUACAAUCCCAGGUUGGAUGGAUUUGACCUGUAGCACAGGGAAGGACACCAAACACUGCUGGAUUUCCUUAUACAUCCCUAUUUUCCCUGGCUCCAAGCUGCUGAGCUGCCUGGCACCCCCGGGCAGGGCUGUCCCCGUGCCCCCGGCGUGUCCCGCUGCCCCCGUCGCGUCCCACGUGCUGUCAGUGCCCGUUGUUAUUUAUGCUACCACGGAAUAGUGCUGGAAUAAAACCUUUUCAGGACACCACA